AUGAUGGGCUAUGAUCCCGCUGCCUACCAGCAGCUCUACGCGCAGCAGGCCCAGGCCUUCCAGCAGGCAGCGCAGGCAGCGGCCGGCAUUAGCCAAUUUCCAGGCUUUGCUGGGGCCAGUGCCCAGCCUGCGCAACAGGCAGUGCCCGCACAGCCCGCUUCGCAGGCGCCCGCCGGGCCAGUAGAGUGUGUGGGCCAGACCGCACACUUGACGGUCAGCGGCUGCACACACGGAACCGUUGGUGGUAUCGUGAGAGGCAACUUCACAGCGAAUGGUCAAAACCAUGGGAAGCCAACGUACAAGAAGGAUCAGCAAGUCAACGGCUUGGAUGUCAUGCUCUACUAUUGGGACGAGCGUGACGGUCCCAACUUUUGCGGCUGGUGGUUCGGGCCCAAGGUCGGCGGCGACCAGGUGUGGGCCUACCAUCCGAGCCGCCAGUCUUUGACGCCUCCCACCAAGGGAUGGAAGGUGCCCUACGACGGCCCUGUGGAUGACAGCUUCUCCAUCUGUCCGACUUCGCUAGCCAAUGCGAAUGCGGCCCAGCAGAAUUACCCCCAGGGCUUUCAGCAGGCUCCCGGCAAGGGCGGAGGGUAUCAAGCACCCGGAGCCUAUGCCGGUCAACAGCCCGGACCCGGUGCCGGUGGCAAGGGCGGCUAUGGCAACAUGCCCCAGAACGACCAGCAGCGCCACGAACUGCAAGCGCAGAACCGACGGCAGCACGAGCAGCGGCGCGCAAUGCAGCGGCGGGAGGAGGAGAUGCGACAGCAGCAGCAGGCGGAGGCCAUGCGCAAAGCCGCAGCACAAAAGAUGCAAAUGGAGGAGGAGCAGCGCCGUGUCGCCGAGCAGAAACGGAAGGAGCAGGAGGCGUGUAGCUCAAUCCGGGCCGUUUGCCAGAGGAUGCGAAUGGUGCAGGAGGAGUCCUUCCCACAGCUUCAGCAGGAGCUGUACGACGUGAUGCAGAGGGAGUUGAACAACUGUGGCAUGCAGAUGGCCAAGAUCCGCGAGGAGUGCGACCAAAUCGUGGACCAGGCUCGACGUCGACUGCAGGAAGCUGCAGAAGUGAAGGCCUUCCAGGAGAAGAAGAAGGCCGAGAUGCUGGAAGCUCACAAAGUUGCGUGUGCAAAGGCGGAGCAGCUCGUCGCGGAUUUCACGGCGAAGGUGGAAGCCGCUGAGGAAGCUGCGAAUGCCUUGGUCGAGAAGGCGGAGCCGUUCACCUCUGAUGAGAGUGUGAUGAACUUGGGGUCAGAGGACAAGAUUCUGGAGGAGGCCAGCAAAAUCGACGAGGCCAGGGACGAAGCAGCAGCCCGAACUGCUGAGUGCCAAGAGUACCUGAAGGAGAACCGUCCGGCGAUGACAAUCCAGGAUAUGCCUGGCCAGCCGCCGGCUGAGGUGAAGCAGGUUCUCGCGAAGGUCAUGGACAGGCUGACGGAGACAGCCAAAAAGAAGGACGGCGUGAUGGUGAAGAUCAUGGUCGUCAAGAGCAAAGCCAUGAGGAGGAGCAAGGCAAAGAAAACUCUGGAGGACCGGAAGGCCAAGUUCACCAAAUAUGCCAAGGACGGCGUCCUUGACAAGAAGCAGAUGACAGUCUACUGCAAGAAGGAGUUUAACCUUGCCCUCAAGGAAGACACGGCCGCCAGGAUCUUCAAGGCACUGCAAGUCACCAAAGGCGUGGCUGCGGCCGACUUCCAGCGGCUUCGGGUCCAGAUUGGCAUCAUCCGGGAGAGCAUCAAAGAUCAGGCUCGGCUGAAGGUUCGGCUGGAGCGAGAGAAGGAACUCGAGGCUUCAAAGGAAGAGGUCCGAGAGAAGAUCGAGGAGCUUAGUGGAAAAGCGGACGAGGUGGAGGCACCGGUCAAGCAGGUGGAGGAUGCCAUCCUUGAGCUUAGCAAGGUUGACAAAGACUCCACGCGGGCCUCGCAGAUGCACGAGAAGUGUGCAGAGGUUUUCCCCGACUUGCCGGGUUUCAGGGUGAGGCGGCCUGCCGUGAUUCCGGGAGAUGUAGGAACAGAGAGGAGUGCCCAGGUAAACUGCACGACCGCCCUGCAGCGCUACGCCAAAGCGCUGGGCUCGGGUCCAGGCCGGCCGGAUGCCGCACGCAGGGGCGGGCAGAAGCGGCCGGCUGAAGCGGAGGAAACUCUCAGGCGGCUCCUUCUUCGCACCGCUGAGCUGGCGCAGUCCGCUGGUACCCAGGUCCCGCCGCAGAAUCUUGCGAAUGCGCUGUGGGCCGCAGAGCGUCUUGUAGCCUCGCCGGGGGCGCCUCAGGCAACCUUGGCGGCCAUCGCUCGGAAGGCCAUGGGCGAUCCGAAGCGCUUGAAGGCGUUUAGCGGGCAGCACUUGGCUAACAUCGCCUGGGCCACUGCAAAGCUUCUGACAAGCAGCUCUGCCGCCCAGCUGCUCAAAUCUGCGGGCGCCGCUUCGCAGGAGGCCUUUCUGGAGCCCCUUUGCUCGGCUUUGGAGACCCGGGCCUGGGACCUAAAUGCACAGGAGCUCUCCAUGGCGGCCUGGGCGCUGGGCACUGCGGGCUAUGACAACCAUGCAGCCACGCGGGUCGUUGCGACCCUGGGAGAGGCCGCUCGCUGGCAGCCCGACGGCGCAGAGGGGCUCAGUGCGCAGCAGCUGGCGACCAUGGCCUGGGCUUGUGCCCGCCUCGGUUGCCGCAGCGAGGCUUUGCUGCAGGACAUCGCCAAAGCGGCCACGCCCAAAGUGGCACGUGGAGACUUCAACGCACAGGACCUGGUGAACAUGACUUGGGCCUAUGGGCGGCUGGAGUUCUCGGCAGAGGCCCUCAGGAAGGUUUUGGCGAAAGCAGCGACAAGAUUCCUGGCCAAGACGGCGCAGCCGAACCGCCGCCACUCAGGCACAGGUUUCAGUGCCUCGCAGCUGGCGGUAGUGGCGUGGUCACUGGCGAGAAUGGGCGUCCGGGAGAGCAAAACUCUGAAGGCUAUUGCCGAGGAGGCGACACAGCGAGUGUCGGAACUCUUGCCGCGGGACGUGACUGACAUCGUUUGGGCCCUGGCACAUGCGCAGACCCCAGCCCCUGGCUUCAUGGCUUCAGCCGCCGGCUAUGCCAAGGCGCGGCAGUCCUCUUUCGGCACCCAGGAGCUGCUGCGGUUUCUGGGGGCCUUCCGCCGGGCAGGCGGGGAUGCCGAAGCGUACGCCGAGAUGACUUCAAGGCAGCAGGAACUGCGCUACGACUUCCCGGCGCUGGGGGGUUUCCAGGUCGCUCUCCAGGCUGCGACCCCCGGGCAGCCAAGUCGCACGCGGCGCCGCGUGCGCGCAGCCGCACUGCGAGAGCAGUCGGAGCUAAAGGGAGACCCACAGCGAGCAGAUGGAGGAACUACAGGAGUAGCGUUGUGGGAGGCCUCCUUCGUGCUGGCCGAAUGGCUAUCCAGGCAGGGGGACCGUCACGGCUGUCUACUGGCCUGCAGUGCCCUGCAGGAGCUGCUGACGGGAGCUGGCAAAGCAGAGAGAGCCAGAUGGCGCAGAUGGCGCGGCAAGGUGGGGGUGGAGCUGGGCGCUGGCCUGGGCCUGCCGUCGAUCGUUGCCUCGCAGCUGGGCGCCCAUGUCGUGGCAACGGACGGCGACGCCUCUGUACUGACGCUGCUUCGGCGGAAUGUGGAGGAGAACCGAGGAUCAGGCGCCUUGCGGGCAGAGGCGUUGCUGUGGGGCUCCGAGGACCCCCUCUCCAAGAUUGGCCUCGACGAGCGUCCGGACUUCCUCCUCGCUGCAGAUGUGAUCUAUGCUUCGGCCAAAGAGGCUCUCGGGCGUCAGCUGCUUGACACCCUCCUGAAGCUCUCGAAGCCGGACACUGUGAUCAUCAUCAGCAAUGUCAGACGCUUUCACGAGGGCCAAGCCAAGGGCGAGGGUCGAUUCUUCGCACUCUGCGACAGCUGCUACGAGCGCGCCUCGCUGGCGCCUGGGGAGCUCCACCCGGACUUCCGGCGAGCUGGAGUGGGCAGCUGUGAGAUUCACUUGCUUCGCCUGCGCAGUGACGCCGUGCCGGCGUCACCAGUGUCGCCGAAGCGGCGCAGGGCCAUGAGCAAGGGGACGAAGGUGAAGGUGAAGCGCGUGAGGUGUGCAGCAGCUCCGCCGAAGGUAUUGCAACUGCAGGACAUGCGCUUGGCGCCAAACGAAGCCUUCAGUCCGACAACAUGGCAGAAGCACAUGCAAAGCCAGGAGAUCGUCGCACCGUCAACCGGCACAGAUGGUCGCUUGGCAAACGCUGUCGCAGCCAUCAUUAAAUCUGCUCAGCAGUCGGUCCAGGCCGUCCGCAAGGAAGCCGCCGAUAUGAGGGAAGGCAUAGAAGCCGAUCUUAAGACUUGGGCCGUCAAUGAGUGCAAGCCACUGGACGGCAAGUGCACGGGCUUCGAGCGAAGGAUACGCGAUGCGGAAAGGAAGCAUUACGAAGCUGAGGCUUAUGCCCACAAGAAGGAACAGCAGGAAGUCUCAGCUUGCCACGUGAAGGCUUUGGAAAUCCUCAAGCACCACCAGAAGGUGAAAGAAAUGACCACGGAGGACCUGGUCAAGGCCGUCGCUGGUGAUGGUGAGACGGUGACCAAGGAGAACUUCAUCAGCUUCUUCGAUAGUUGCGAGAAGGAGGAAGGCGCUGCACCACCACCCAAGGAGGACCUAGGCAGGUACUUCGAUUUCCUGGAUGACGAAAAGGAGGGCUUCUUGACCCAGGAGCAUAUGUUGACCGUCGUCAGGACGCUGAAAAAGGUUACCAAGGAAACCACGAUCACGGACACCGCCGAAGUCUCUGAGGAGACUCAGACUCUAAGUAAGCUCGAGGUUGGCGACCUCCUGGAGCUGCUCUCCGAGCCAUCGGAGCAUGGCGACCUUCUACGGGCAAGGUGCCGUGCUAUGAAAGAUGGAACCAGGGGCUGGGUCUCGGUCAAAUCCAACAAUGCCAUGGGACCGGUCUUCCUCCAAGAUGGCGGCCGCAUCUGGAGGGUGCAGAAG